AUGCCUGCCACUGUUAAGCGCUUUCCCGCCGUCGCCGACCCCCAUGUGGUUCAUCAGUACCUCAAGGCCGACGGCGUAGUCGUCGUUGAGGGUGCUGCUACGCGCGAGAGCAUCGAGGAGGUGCUCGAGGAGACUGGGACAGUGCCGGCGGGUCAGACCUUCGCCUUGGCCGCGAAGAGCUCAACAUUUGCCACACAACUUCUGAUGAAUCCACUAUUCAUUGACCUGACCAAGCGCAUCCUCACCGACACAUGCAUUAUAUUUUACGAGCAAGAGCGAACAGUAUCCAUUUCGGAACCUCAGGUCUCCCAGAGCUCUAUUCUGUCCGCAGGGCCUGGUUCAGCCUCCUGGGGUUUGCGCCGCCAGGACGAUUGUCAUCAUAUCUCGCAUCCAGCCAAGCGUGAAAGCGACUUCGGGAUCAUGUACGCGGCCAACGACGUUACGACGAAGAAUGGUGCUGUCCGUGUGGUCAUCGGUUCGAACAACUGGACCGAUAAGCGCGACCCGACCGAGGAGGAGGAGUUCCUAGUCGAGCUCCGUAAGGGAGACGCUUUGCUUUGGCUUGGUUCCACUUACUAUGGGCGCGCGUCUAAUACUACCGAUCAAGCAAGCGUGCUGUUGAGUGCCAUUGCCACUCCCGGUUAUCUCCGCCAGGAGGAAAAUCAAUAUCUGGCCGUUCCAUGGGAGGUGGCAGAAAAGUAUCCCACGGCCGUGCAGCGUUUCCUCGGUUACUACGUGAGCCGGCCCUACGGCGGUGCAGUCGAACACAUGGAGCCUUUGGACUUCUUGAAGGUGAAAGGCGACUGGUCCAAGUAUGUUCCAGUCGAUCUCAUCUAA